AUGCCCGUUACUCGGAGAAUGAAUAUGACGAAGAAAGACGUUGAUGACGAACAACGGGAAGCCGGUCACAACACUGGAGAAUCUCGCAACAUCGCAUUGAUAGCAUCUGAGACCACAACACGUGGCAAAUGGCCCAUGGGUAUCAUCGAUGAUGUGGAGACAGACGGAGAUGAACUCGUGCGAACGACUGUGGUGCACACGGUUGGCGUCAAGAUAAGAAGAGAUGUACGUCGUCGGUGUCUAUUAGAAGGAACCAAAGCCUAA